CGCGGCGCUCCCCGGAGGGCACCCGCGGUGGAGCGUGGAGGGGGGCGCGCGCUGGCUGAGUGCGCGCAGAAAGCAGCUACGCAGGAGAGAGGGGCAGAAGCCGAAUGGUGGAGCUGAAGAUGGCGGAUGGCGACAGCGGGAGUGAGCGCGGUGGUAGCAGCGGGGGAGGAGGCGGAGGCGGCUUCCAGCACUUCCAGCGGGACCAGGAGACCCAGGAGCUGGCGUCCAAGCGCCUUGACAUCCAGAACAAGCGCUUCUAUCUGGACGUCAAGCAGAACAGCAAGGGCAGGUUCAUCAAAAUCGCCGAGGUAGGGGCCGGGGGCUCCAAAAGUCGCUUGACCCUCUCCCUGUCAGUGGCGGCGGAGUUCCGUGACUACCUCGGGGAUUUCAUCGAGCACUACGCCCAGCUGGGGCCUAGCAGUCCGGAGCAGAUAGCCCAGGCUUCUGUGGGGGAGGACGGCGGGCCCAGGCGAGCGCUCAAGAGCGAGUUUCUCGUCCGGGAAAACCGCAAGUACUACCUGGACUUGAAGGAGAACCAGCGGGGGAGGUUCCUGCGGAUCCGGCAGACCGUAAACCGUGGACCGGGCUUCGGAGUCGGGGGCCCUGUGGGCGGCAUGCUGGCCGGCCAGACCAUAGCCCUUCCGGCCCAGGGGUUAAUAGAGUUUAGAGACGCCCUUGCUAAGCUCAUAGAUGAUUACGGGGGAGACGACGAGGAGCUGACCGGGGGCACCGCCGCCGGGGGCUACGGGGAGCUCCCCGAGGGCACCUCCAUCAUGGUGGACUCCAAACGGUUCUUUUUCGACGUCGGGUCCAACAAAUACGGAGUGUUCCUGCGCGUGAGCGAGGUGAAGCCCAGCUACAGGAACUCUAUCACCAUCCCGUUCAAAGCCUGGAGCAAAUUCGGAGGAGCUUUCUGCCGAUACGCCGAGGAGAUGAAGGAGAUCCAGGAGAGGCAGCGGGAUAAGAUGUACGAGAGGAGGGAUGAGUCCGAGGGAGACGACGUGGAUGACGACUGAGAAAACUAAAGUCAAACAGCUGUUAGUCCAGUUACACGACAGAUCUGCAAUAUAGGGGUAUUUUGCAAAAAAAAAAGAGAAAAAAAAAAGAUAAAGUGCAUGACAAAUCGUGCUGUAAUAGCCUACUAAAGUAUCGUGGCGUUAAAAAAAAAAAGUACAUGUGCAGGGAAUUAUUGGUGUAUUAUCCUAAAGUUUGUAGGGUUGAGGGUUGGAGUGGUUGUGUGAAUCUGAAAGUGGAAAAAAAAAAAAAAGUGGACUAAAUGUGUAAAUGAGAUAUAUCUCAUUGGCUGAAAAAAAAAAAGAAGUGUGCUUUAUUGUAAAAACGACAAAAAAAAAAAAGAAGUAAAAAGGAAAGGAAAGAGAGAACCUACUAAAACCAGCAAAUUGGUUUUUAUAACUAGAAAAUGAAGCCAAUGAAUGCUUUCCUAUCUGCAACAUAGUUUAUAUUUAAAGAGUGAGGAGUCAACCUGUUUAAGAUGUUUUCCUUGCUCACUCUUAAGGAGAGAAGAGAGCGAGCAUCCAUUGUACUUCCUGUUCCGGUCCAGGUCUCUCCCUCAGUGGGCAGUUUUUGUGGGAAUUUUCUUUGCAAGUCAGUCAGAUGAACCCGAGAGGAAUGUCUAGAGAGAGCUGCUGUCGCUCUGUGGAUGCUUUGCGUUAGAUGUGUCAGCAGAUGAGGAGCCGUCAAACAACACGGAGCCCAGCAGCAGCAGAAGGCCGUUAGUUAAAAAGACUACCCAAAAAAAAAAAUGUUAGUGGAAGUUACUGAGAGGAUUAUCUGUAAGCCCAAACAACAAGGGUCUCGCGGACUAAAUUAAAGUUUUGACUCCAGUAGUCAAUUACAGUGCGGAUCAGCUGGGUUUUAUGUUAUACAUACAAUCUUUGCAAUAUUUUCAAAGCAUAAUUCAGAUAGUUUGACGUAUAAGAUUCACAUUCAGCGAGGACUGGCGGCUUGUUUCCUGACUCCAGAGCAUCCCUGGUGUCUGAGAGCGGCCGCUCUCUGGAACGCCAACACACUGGGAGAGGACUUUGUCUUUUGUGGAAACGACGCACAGAUAAUAUACAUGAGACUUUUUAACGAUGCUCAUUUUUGCUCCCACGCGCCACGACAAGGGACCAGAAACCCGGCGAAGAGCGUCCGUGAUCUUCUAGCUCAGCCGUGGCUGCAGAGCGUCAGCGGCUGGUUUUCGCCCAUCAGCCUCUCUGUCGUGGUCAGAGCUGGACGGACGUCCGUCUCCACCAGCCGCAGGCCGCGCUCUGACAUAACUGACAACAUCUUCCAACACGUGAAGACCCUGGACAGAAACGCAGUGAUGGAUGUUUUCUUUUUGUUUUUGUUCAUUUUUAUUCUUGUUUUUUUUUUUUUUUUUCAAAAGAGAACUAUAUUGAAAUGAGAUUCUACUUAUAGGAAAGAUAUUACCAAACAAACCAGCAAAAGAUAUUUUCAAAUACUUAUAAAGGAAAAUGUAUUGUGUAUAAAAAAAAAAAAGAAGAAUUUCAAGACUAAAAAAUAAAAGAAAAGGUUAAUUUCUUAAAACAAAGUUGUGACUCAAACCUCCAGAUUAUUUUUCAUUUUGUUUUUCCUAGAGUGAAAGUAUAACACUUCCUUAAUUAAAACUACUUUAAAUGCAAUAA